UCACGAACACCCACCAGUCUUUGGCUUCUGGUGUUCAAGCUCCCUUGGGAUCACGGCCUGAGAAACGGCUGCCAACCCAAAAAUGGACGCUUUGUGUUUUUGCUGUCCUCAAAGGCAACUUAUCUAGCUGGCUUUAUUUUGACAUGGGUCUUAUUUCGGAGUCCACGCAGCAUUAAUCUGGUGUCUCAGGACUCUCCGCUUGUCGCCAGCAGGCUUUCUUUUCUUGGUAGCGCGGACAACACAGAAUGCAUUUCUUUUCUUCUUUUUUUUUAAGAAUGAUGGAAAUCUUAUCGAGUGAAUAAUAGCUGGAUUCAACAUGCAGCCAGCAGAGAGUCUGAAGUAGUAGAAUUAUGGAUUCCUAUCUUCCUAGUCAGUGUGUAAUUACUGAAAUCUGGCAGCCGGCAGGAUCUACGUGACGGAGCCAGCUGCUUGCUGCAGCCCCCCCACAAAUCUGUGAAUUGGAUCUUUCACUUACUGGAAACCUACCAGGAGAAUGCUUGGCUCCAAGAAAUCUUUUGCUCCUUUGUUCAUCAGAAAGCCAUUAGAAAGCUUCCUCAAUGUAGCUCUCAAUCAACCGCAGAAAUGGUCAAUAGUUGCUUAGCAUUUUCUCAACAGGACCUCGAUCAUCAUUGUGAUAGUCUUGGGGCAGGCGCUUCCCAGGGAACGGCGCUGGCGGAGGGAAGAGGGCAGUGUGUUGGAACAGGAGUUGCUGAGAUGGCUCGUCAAUCCUCUCUCGCUCCGCUUCCCCCGGCCCUGGUCCUCCUCGAAGGCCGUGAGACGCAAAUACAAACGAGACAACGGGCCAAACACAGUGUUUCAGACCCAAAAUGCACGGAAAAGAGAGAGGUGAGUUUGGAGCGAGACGCCAGACUGGCAUCUGCUUUGCUGGUCCUGGAUCUGGAGUGGGGAGCCAGAGGGAUGUCAUGGCGCCCACAGUAUCGCAGCUCAAAGUUUCGAAAUGUCUAUGGGAAAGUGGCGAACCGAGAGCACUGCUUUGAUGGGAUCCCGAUUACCAAGAACGUUCACGACAACCAUUUCUGUGCGGUCAAUGCCAAGUUCCUCGCCAUUGUGACAGAGAGCGCUGGCGGAGGGUCGUUUCUUGUCAUUCCUCUGGAACAAACCGGCCGGAUCGAGCCGAACCACCCCAAGGUUUGCGGCCACCAGGGCAACGUGCUCGACAUCAAGUGGAGCCCGUUCAUUGAGAACAUCAUCGCCUCUUGCUCAGAGGACACUUCGGUGCGAAUAUGGGAAAUUCCAGAUGGAGGCUUAAAGCGCAACUUGACAGACGCCGUCCUCGAGCUGUACGGGCACAGCCGGCGGGUCGGGCUCGUUGAAUGGCACCCGACCGCCAACAACAUCCUGUUCAGCGCGGGCUACGACUACAAGGUUCUCAUCUGGAACCUGGACAUCGGGGAGCCGGUCAAGAUGAUCGACUGCCACACGGACGUCAUACUCUGCAUGUCCUUCAACACCGACGGCAGCCUGCUCUCUACCACUUGCAAAGACAAGAAGCUGCGAGUCAUCGAGCCGCGCUCGGGCCGAGUGCUUCAGGUGAAGAGCUGGGUGCAGAAGAGUUGCCAAGGAUCUGUCUCAAGGAAGUCCCAGGAAGCCAGCUGCAAGAACCACCGCGUGAACCGGGUGGUCUUCCUCGGGAACAUGAAGCGGCUGCUCACGACCGGCGUGUCGCGGUGGAACACGAGGCAGAUCGCGCUCUGGGACCAGGAAGACCUGUCCAUGCCCCUGAUAGAGGAGGAGAUCGACGGGCUCUCAGGGCUCCUGUUCCCUUUCUACGAUGCUGACACGCACAUGCUGUACUUGGCUGGAAAGGGAGAUGGGAACAUCCGAUACUACGAAAUCAGCUCGGAGAAGCCCUACCUGAAUUAUCUCAUGGAGUUUCGCUCUCCCGCCCCACAGAAAGGACUGGGUGUGAUGCCAAAGCACGGGCUGGACGUGUCCGCGUGCGAGGUGUUCAGGUUCUACAAGCUCGUUACCUUGAAGGGUCUGAUUGAGCCAAUCUCAAUGAUCGUGCCAAGAAGGUCUGAAACGUACCAAGAGGACAUUUACCCGAUGACUCCGGGUACGGAGCCGGCCCUUACGCCGGAUGAAUGGCUGAGUGGAAUGAACAGAGAUCCCAUACUGAUGUCUUUGAAAGAGGGCUAUAAAAAGACGUCCAAAAUGGUCUUUAAGGCCCCGAUAAGAGAGAAGAAGAGCGUCGUCGUUAAUGGGAUAGACUUGCUAGAAAAUGUGCCGCCUAGGACCGAGAACGAGCUCCUCCGAAUGUUUUUCCGACAACAAGACGAGAUCCGACGGCUGAAGGAAGAUCUCUCCCAGAAGGAUAUAAGGAUUCGACAGCUACAGCUGGAGCUGAAAAAUCUACGCAACAGCCCGAAGAAUAAUUAACUUCAAGGGACGUUUUAUAAAUAAACUCGUUUUGUUUAUACUCGCUCUUUAAUUUCCCUGUAUCCACUUACACAGAAUAUGAGCCAGAAGUCAAGUGAGCUGCCAAGAGUCCACACGCUAACUGGAAAUAUGUCCUUGUAGUCUUAUCUAGCACUAAAAUGGCCUGUGCAUUAUAACUGAAAGCUACUGCAUGAAAGGAAGCUGGAUAUGUAUUUAUAUCCCAGGGUUUUUUCUUGGAGUAAGUAGAGGAGCAAUUUAUUCUCUAUAUCGAAAGACUCUGGAACUAACUGGUGGGGCACAACAGAAAUGACACUUGAACUGUAGAGCAAAUGAGAGGUAAAAAGCAGUGUGCCCUUAAGAAAGCAAAGUGGUUAAUUGCUGUUGACGGUUUCCUAUGCAAAAUGUGACCGAGAAUGCAGACGGGCGUCGAGACUGGAAUUAUUCACUGCACUAGCACGUAUGUAAAGGGCUUCAUUCACAAAAGGUCUCCCAACCUCCUCCUGUCCUGGCCUUUCUUUAAAGGAGGUUCGGCCAAAAAAAAAAAAAAUGAACCCCUCCCUUUUGCCAGGGGCGUCAUGUUGCCAAAAGGCCAGGGAGAAGGGGGUAACAGUUCAAAUCGGUGUUUUCCGCAUGAAACUGGGACCCACUAAUCGAAUCUCCAGGUUUCACGAUCGGUUGCUGCAAGAGCGUCAUUUAGCAGUCCCUUAGGCUUACCCACCUGGACCUGUAACAGCUCCUUGGGGGGGGCAUGGAGUGCGUGCAUACAUGCGUGUGCAUGCAUGUGUGUGUGGGUGCACACAUGUGUUCACAGCCACUAUGCAAUAUAUACAUUUUAAACUACCCUGGGUUUUCUACAGGCAUUGGGACUGUCAGUCUAUUCUCACGAGGAGCUUAGCUGCCCAUUUCCUCCUGGAUAUACAGCGGUGACGACUGCCAUCGUUGUAUAUGCAUGGGAAAGCAGAAAAGGAGCGUGCUGCUGCUCCCUUCCCCACGUCAAAUCUUCCCUCUUUAGGGGCGACCUCUUGUAGAAAAGAAGAUGAGCUCUGGCUUGUUAAUGAAAAUCUCCACAUUGGUGGGAAUUGCUCCCGUGAAACUCUGUCCGAGAGGCAUUUUGUGACUAUGGGAUUGUAAAUCUGGGAAGUCUGGAUGUGUAAAUCUGUACGUCCUCCUGCAUAUCUGUUCCAAGUGAAGCAAUUGCAGAGCGUUCAAGCUGCACUAUACACACACACACAUAUGCAUAUGUAUCUACAUAUACGUAUAUGCAUAUCUAAUGUAUACAUAUACAAUCAUGGUUUUGUGAAUUAGACCCACGAUACAGGGACAAACACCAAAUACGGCUAGUUUGCCUAGGUAUGUUUUCACUUAAACGAAGUAGGGCGUUAACUGCUCAGCACUAUCAGUGCAACAGUUUUCUCCCCUACCCCCACGUUAAUUUACACAGCGCUCUGCACCUAAUGCUUUCCCUCCCUUCCGUUAAAUGUGCUGUCAUUUGCUAUUAUUUAUGCUACCACAAAAUAGUGAUGAAAUAAAAUGUUUUCAAGAUACCAGAUCUUGCAAGUGA